UAUUUUGGCAACCCAUUUAAAUUUAACCAGUACCACACAACCGUUCUCGCUCUCUCUUUUCGUUGGUCUCUCUGCUUCAUGUUCAUGGCUUCCCGACUCCCUGGAUUCAUUCCAAUUCCCGUUUCCCCAUUCCCAGUUGAGGUAUUCUCGAGACCCCCUCAACGGAUUCCUUGUCUUACCCUUCCACCGUCAAGUUCUUACUCCCUAGUUGCUUCUUCUGAGAGCAUUUCGAGCUCUAGAAGAGGAUCACCGGCACUUAACGCUGUCAAGGAGGAACUCAUCCAAUCCCCAAGUUCAGUACCUACCCAUGAUUCCAGAACCACUCCUUCUUCGUCUUCUAAGCUCGUUCUCGUCGUGGGCGGCUCCGGCGGCGUUGGGCAGUUGGUAGUGGCAUCAUUGCUCAGCCGGAAUAUCAAAUCUCGGUUAUUACUACGAGAACCUGAGAAAGCAAUCACCUUGUUUGGUGAACAAGAUGAGGAGACAUUGGAGGUGUUUAAAGGGGAUACUCGAAACCCGGAGGAUCUAGAUCCAUCUAUAUUUGAGGGAGUCACACAUGUAAUUUGCUGUACAGGAACAACAGCCUUUCCUUCAAGACGGUGGGAUAGGGAUAAUACACCAGAAAGAGUAGAUUGGGAGGGUGUGAGAAAUCUUGUAUCUGCACUGCCCUCUUCACUGAAGAGAAUUGUUCUUGUUUCAUCAGUAGGCGUAACAAAGUCCAGUGAACUACCUUGGAGCAUUAUGAAUCUCUUUGGUGUUCUGAAAUUUAAAAAGAUGGGAGAGGAUUUUCUUCGCGAAUCUGGCCUUCCAUUUACCAUAUUAAGACCUGGUAGAUUGACAGAUGGACCUUACACGUCAUAUGAUCUAAAUACUUUGCUCAAAGCUACUUCUGGGCAAAGACGUGCAGUCCUUAUAGGUCAAGGAGAUAAACUUAUUGGAGAGGCCAGCAGACUUGUAGUUGCAGAAGCAUGCGUGCAGGCACUGGACAUAGAAUCUACUGAAGGGAAAACUUACGAAAUUAAUUCAGUUGAGCACAGAAAAUGGACUCAUUCGAAAUAUUGUGACAAUUACAAUUUGAGAAUUUGGUCGGGGGAAGGGCCAGGAAGUGAUCCACAAAAGUGGCAAGAGCUAUUCGAUGCUGCGGAAGGCCAAUGAUUGAAUUCACAUGUUCAGUUUGUUCAUCUGUGUAGAAUGAGAGAUACUGUUGGAAAUGAAGAUAUGCAUAGGCCAUAAAUUAUUGUCUACAGAAUGCAAAUAACCAGUUAUUGUAAUUAUUGUCUAUGAUACAAUAAUAGAUCAAUCGUUUAGCA